AUGCAAGCUACACUUCGUACCGCCUUCAAGAGGCUGCAGAUUAGCUCGUCCAGUGCGAUUGCCUCGACCUCGUCCACGAGCAUGAUCAUGCCGCGCUGCAGAUCGUUGGCCACCGUCGUUAGCUCGUCCUACGACGCCCCUACGAUCCGCCAACCCCAACGACCGACCUCAACAGUGCUCAAUACUGCGACCGUGUCCAAGAAGAAGAACAAGAAUCCUUACGUUGUCCCGCCCAAGGUCCGACAACCGCCCGCACCGCGCUACUCGAAGCACUCAUCCCGCGUGAAGGGUCGCACCCCGCUCAAGGUGCGCAAGUCGUUGAACCCGACCCGGGAUGGUGUCGAGUUCGCCGAACAGGGCGAGGUCAAGAUCUACCUCCCGAGCGUCUUCAUCCGCCUGGUGCGCAACACAGGCGCGCACGCCAACGAUCCUUACACCGCGACCUUCCGCACCGAUCUGCGGUUGUCCAAACCGGACAUCUCAAACUACCUGCGCAACGUCUACGGCCUGACUAUCACCUCGUUGCGCACGAUCAAUUAUCUGUCCAAGAUGAAGCGCAACCCGAUCGGCGGCGGCUACUCGAGGGGCGGCGGGGCCAAGAAUUACAAGAAGGUGAUCGUCACCAUGACCGAGCCCUUUUGGUACCCCGAGGAACGCAGCCGCGCGUGGUUGAACGAGCACUUUGAGCGCGACCGAAUGGAAGAGAUGAGGGAUCGCAAAAUGCUCAAGAUCGGUGACGGGCAAAAGUACGGCGUUUCGUCGCCGAGGUACCGCGGUGCGUCGCGCUCCAAGGCGGAACUCGAGAAGCUCAAGAAGCUCGUCGACGAAGGUGGGGCCAAUGCGGAGGAUUUGGAGACGCCGGGCGAUGGUCGAUCGGCGGACAGGUUACCGACAGGCUUGAAGAUCAGGAAGAACGUCAUGAAGAGUCGCGAGGAGAGGAAGAGCGACAAGGCCAGUCUGGUCGAGCAAGAGAUGGAGAGAUUACGCGCCGCGGGAUGGUAG